CUUCUUCGGCUACUUCGUCGCUAUUCGACUUCUCCACGAAGGCGUUCCCUUUUCCUGUUGGAUCGGAAGUUACGACAUUUUGAUCGGAAGCAAUGACAGGAGCUCGCUCGCUGUGAAGGUAACUUUCUCCCUUUCGCGCGCUUCUUCGGCCAAAUCCCGUAAAUCCGCCGAAUCAGAGCAUUUCGGAAAUCCGGGAUACCACGAAAAGGGGUAAUUUUCCAUCUACGGCAGAUUUCAUCUACCGUGAGAUUUGGUUUUGCAUUUUAGGCCGUUUGGUCGGAUUUCGCUCAAAUUCGCCUGAAAUCCGGCUUCGAAAGAUGUCAUUUUUGCCGUUGGGCACGAUUUAGGUUAAAUCCUGCAUCCAAACUGCCCGAAAUGAACCCAAUCUUCAAAAUGCAUACAAGGAAAGCUUCUUUCCCUUUCCUCUUCCUCUUCUUCUUCGCUGCAAUCCUUCUCUACUUCUACCACUACAACUCUUCCAUCCAAGUACCCCAAUCUAAAACCACUAAUCACUUCUACUUCAAUCACCAGAACCCUAGUCUUCUACAUCACAACUUCUCUUUCACAGUCAAAGUUCUCACCUUUAACCGCAUUGAAUCCCUCCGCCGUUGCCUCCGUUCCCUCGCUACAGCAGACUACGCCGGCGAUCGUGUUAAUCUUCACGUCUUCGUCGACCAUUUUCGCGCCAUCAACGGCUCCGAUGCGCUGGUGGAUGGGAAGCUGGAGGAAUCGCGCAGGAUUCUGGAUCUUGUUGACGGGAUCCAAUGGGUCCAUGGGGAGAAGCUCGUUCAUUACAGGACGGGGAAUGUUGGAUUACAGGCACAGUGGUUGGAGGCGUGGUGGCCAGUCUCCGACGAUGAUUUUGCCUUUGUUGUGGAGGACGAUCUAGAGUUGUCAGCGCUCUACUACAAGUAUCUCAAGGCUAUCAUUCUGAAGUAUUACUAUGACUUGUCUAACUACAGCCCGUUGAUCUAUGGGGUCUCCUUGCAGCGACCGAGGUUUGUUGCUGGUAAACAUGGAAACAAGUUACAGUUGGAUAGGGAAACACGCCUUUUCCUCUACCAGAUUGUGGGUACUUGGGGCCAGCUUCUUUUUCCAAGACCAUGGAAAGAGUUUCGGUUCUGGUAUGAUGCACAUAAAGGAAAGGGCUUAAAACCUACUUUGCAAGGCAUGGUGACAACAGGCUGGUACGACAAAAUGGGUGAGAGGAUAUGGACUCCUUGGUUUAUUAAGUUUAUCCAUGCUAAGGGUUACUACAAUAUCUACACUAACUUUCUGCAAGAAAGGGCCCUCAGUAUCUCUCACAGAGAUGCAGGAGUAAACUAUGGCAAAACAGCUGGUCCUGAUUCAAAUUUGCUGGAUGAACAGCCCCUUGAUGUUAACAUUUGGGAAAUGCAACCUUUAAAAAAGUUGAAAUGGUAUGAUUUUUGCUUUAGAGAAGUUCUCCUUUGGAGAUUUGUGAGGAGCUAUGGUGAACUUGGAUCUGUUCUUGGCUCCAUGCAGAUACGAAAACCUGUUGUAAUUGUGAGCUUGUACAGAACCACAAAUAUGAUGGCCAAAAAUUUGCUUUGUCAUCUUGAGAAGAUUAAUACAAGGAAUGUAAUCUUCAUUGGUGGGAAGUUGGAACUUAUCAGAUCUCUCUCCCAAAGGGGAUAUGCAGUCAUUGAUUCAGAAAAGUUAAUUAACAGCAUUGGAAGUUACAAAUUGGUUGGUUCGGAACCAUCGAAAACCGAUAAUAUAAUGAAAGAGAUCCUAGCAAAAUCCAUUGUUGUUAAAAGAUCUCUAGAAUUAGGCCAUGAAUCUUGGGUGAUUGAUGGGAACUUUCUUCCUCUGAGUGACUUUUUCUCUGAGCUUCCUCCUGAUCCUACCUGUAGUUUUUUCUUUGCAAAAAGUUUGGAAAUGUUCUUUGUGAGGAAAUCUCAACUAUCUUUGAAGAUUUGGGUUGAUGAUUUUAUCUGGAAACUUGUAUCAUCUGCAGCAUCUGUAAAAGUCAGCAAUUUGGUCUCUGUGGACUACAAGCAUUUUGCAUAUUUUGCUAGAAAGGCCUUGGAAGAUUCUGGAAUUCUCAAUGUGUGUUCAUUUGAUGAGUUGAGGAUUGGUGUCAAAGUAGGUACUGAUAUGUUGAAUAAAACAUAUCUAAAUGGCUCCAAGAUGGUAUUCUGGUCUGAGAAUCUGGAUCUGAAUUCUACUCAGAGAAGGCUGGACUACAUGAAAAUGUGGCUGAUAGAUGAAGACCAAUCUUGUGUUUCUGUUAUGUGCCACCAACAAUAAAAUCAGACUGAGAAUAAUUGUUCUUAGGCCUUCUUUAUCAAAAAUAAAUUCCUUCUCAUGGUUCUAAAGCUUCAUCUCUCUGACAUAUUUCACCAGUCUUCAUUGUUCAGGAUCAACAUGAUUGAGAAUUUCUACCCUUUACUAUGAACACUCUACUUUUAUGGGCGAGUAACUAAAGGAAAGAGAGAUUAUUCUGCGCCGAUAUCAGACAUGAAGAAUUGUUUGAUUUUGUAUGUGAAAAAUAUGCAGUUCACUGUGAUUUUACUGUUCACGGAGACAAAUCGGACGGUUCUAUCCAUCCGGUGUCCACACAGAAUAAUUUCUCCUAAAGGAAAAGGUUUAUACAGAGGAAUACGUUAAGACAUGUAAUAACAACUGAGCACUCAGUGGGUUAGCAAGUUUUUUUCAAGGACAAGUUGGCAACUUCUGCAACAAGGCUUAUAGUUCUUAUUUGGCCUGUGAGUUGGGGCUUAGAGUUACCAUGGUUGAAGUCUCAAACUCAACUUGAUGUGAGUAUUAUGUUCCUGAUUGGUUUCCAUAAUAGCAAAUAAUGGUGCAGAUCAUUCUGUGGAGUGCCAUUAUAAAUUUUACUUGUAGUGAUUUACCAUGGAGUGGAGUACUCCUAACCUUAUUGUAUAUAGGUAAAUUUUUGGUUUGAGUGUA